AUGACAAUUCAAAAAGUCGAGGAAACAUCCCUGCCACCUGCACGUCUUUGCAAUUUAUUUAAACAAGAGAUUCAACCAGCUAAUCCUCGUAAUUCGAAUUACAUCUUUGAUUCUCAGACCCACUCAUCUUUAACAACAUCGUGGAUCCAAAGAAACAAUCGAUUAAAAUUGAACAAUAGAGCAUUAAAUUCAUGUAAAGCUGCAAUUGACAAGUUGGAAAUGCAGAAACUAUUAAGUUGCAAUCUAACAAACGAGACUGUAACAGAAGAUCACUUGAAUGUGAUGCGCAAACGACAAGCACUGUUGCUAAUUACUAUGCAAACAAUGACACUUUCUCAUCAUAAUAAAAUUCUACAACAUAAACUUGAUGAACUUCAUAAAAGAGUUUUGAUGCUUCGUACCAAACAAAAGAAUUCACCUAAUGAACUUGAAAGCGAUUAAACAUAUAUUCAUACACGAAGAAAUAACAUCAUUUAACACUUGUUAUUUAUAAAAUAACCUUUUUUAGGUACUAUUAUUAUUACUAUUGAUAAUUGAUUAUUUGAUUUGUUUACGCUUAUGGCGUUUACACAAACUAUACCAGUUGUAUAACAUCGAACAAAUAAAAUUCAAUAUCAAAUAUAUGAGAAAAAAUAAUUAAGUAUAAACGAGAGAAUAUAACUAAACCGAAAAAAAAAAAUAUACCAAUGAGCAUUUAUUAUAGAAAAAUAUUUUAUUUUAAUUAUAACUAUAAACGGUUGUGAA